AUGGCUUCAGAUGGUGGACUAGGUCCUCGCAGGAGGCGUAGGCUUGGUCCCCCGGCAGCCGAGCCCUACGUGCUGCGAUCUCUAUUCGAAGACGUGCCGCUCGCAACUGAAGAUAGCUCCGACGUUUACAUCACCUGCGUUGAAUACUGGGAGCAAAACCUUUACAUCGGAACUUCAGCGGCAGAGAUAUUGCACUUUGUCUGCCUUCCAGCAGCCUCCGACGAUUCGGCUGACCCGACGUUCAUAUUAGCCUCGCGACUACCUAUACCAUUUCAAAGCACACCGGAAACGGGCCCUAAAGGCGUUCAGCAGAUCGUUAUACUUGCAUCGGUAAACAAAGCUUGUAUCCUCUGCAAUGGUACCGUUACGUUCUACAUGCUUCCGGAGCUCAGCCCGGCAUUCGGAAACACCAAGGUCAACCACUGCCGCUGGAUCGGCGGCUUGGAUCUCGAUCGAACACCCGAAUCCGAAGACAAGCCGGUAGUAAUGAUUGCUGCACAAAAUAGGCUUAUGCUUGUACAAAUAGGAGACGAGGCCCGUCGCAUCAAGAACAUCGCUUUUCCCGGGUGUUUGGUCGCAGCGCGCAGGGGCACAAUUGCUUGUGCUGCUGAUUCCCUUUCAUACUCGCUCCUAGAGGUAGAAUACCAGCAGCAGAUACCUCUCUUCCCAAUUUCCUCAUCCAAUGAAGUCUUCGAGUCAGGAAAUGUGGAAGACAUCACACCAGCCCCCCAAACUCCUCUUAAACGAUCACCCUCAUCGUCCUAUCCAAGUUCUCCUCCUACGGAGUCCCAAACCCAUGGAAGAAGCACGAGCCUCAAUGCCUUUGUGGGGAUGCUGCAGCCUCAAUCACAAACGCAAGCAGCUCCCUCUCAUAGAUCUCCUUCCCCCGCUGGAACACCAGACCCCUUCACAUCCUCCGGCACUCCGAGACGAUCAAGCUCAGAAGAUCGAGAAGGCAAUAAGCCUCCAGAAAAGGACUCAGAAAAUUCAGAACGUACUGAGAAUGAGGAAGCACAGCCUGCUCCUGAUAGUCUGAAGCCUUUACCCCCGAUUCCAAAGGUGGUUUCGAACCCCCUUCAGCCUCAUAUUGUAUCACCAACCCCCUCAGAAUUCCUCCUUGUUACCGGCACCGAGGAGACCGAACCCGGUGUUGGAAUGUUUGUCGACACUGAUGGUGAAGUUGUCCAUGGGACGAUCAACUUUUCUCGGUACCCAAAAUCAGUUGUCGUUGAUGCUGGCAAAGACGACCAAGCACUUCAGCCAAACAAUGCCUCCAGAGAGGAGUUUAUUAUUGCGCUGAUUAAAGAAGCCGACAAUUCGACCGCUCUGGAAAUUCAGCGUUGGUAUGACGACCCAGCAGAGAUUGAGCAACAUAAGAAAAGAAUAGCAAUCCCAUCUCCUGAAGGUGCAUCUGCUCAGGUUGGACUACGACACACCGUUAGUCCCAGCCAAAUUGAUCUUCAAGAUAUUGGCAAUCUCUUACAGAUGGUCCGGUUGAAAUCACCUCUAUUGUCCCCGCAUGCUUCAUCUUCGGAUCCGCGAACACAAGCGUCUAUCGAGCAGCUUCAGAAAGAAAAAGAGCUCUUUGAAUCCCAAGAACUCUCAGAUGCCGAUAAUACUAAAAAAGAGCGAGACUGGGAAAGUCAGAGGAAUGCCGAAGAGGCGAAAUUUGCACAGGGCCUGGGUAAACUCCAAAGUAGUCUGGUUCUCUGGUCAGGCUCCCAAAUAUGGCGCAUUGUGAAGAAUCCCCUGGUUGUCCAGCUUGAGAACGCACUGGAAAAGGCCCAGUCCAAAAGUGAUGGCCGCCAUAUCAUUUUACAGAGAGACUUUGUCAUGGACCUGAUGGUCUCAAUCCAGGACCUUGAGCCGAAGAACGAAUCUGAGUUCAUUGGUCUUGGCUAUUUGAAGCAAAAGGCCAGUCUCCUCCUGUACGGGGAUCUCCUUUCUAUGCGCCCAGAGCAUACGAGCGAUGCCGCGAUAAAUAAUACCGAGAAGGCUCUUUUGGCGGGUAACCUUGACCCGCGCCUAGUCUUAUUGUUUAUUCCCCUACUCCGAUGUGAGGUCCAACAAGGCCCACAAGGAAUAUGGAACCAUGCCGGACUGGUGUCUCUAACACAUAAAUACGUCAAGCAAGUAGAGGAACGAAGCAAAGAGUCUUCUGGGGCAGCUGCCCAUGGCCCGGUUCUCAGCAUGCUGAGGCGUUUCCUCUCUUCGUGGCAACAGAAGCGGGGCUACGGUAGUAUCACAGACGAGAACUAUGUCUUUGACAGUAUUGACGCUGCUCUUUUGCAUCUGCUCCUUGAGCAAGACAGCCACUUGACUGCCCAGCAACGUGCUCAUUCACAUACUUCGAACGACUUGAAUCUAUUAGUUGAUACCUGGAAAGGGAACUUCGAACGUGCAGUGAUGCUCUUGGAGCAGUACAAGAGACUCUAUGUCCUGAGUCGCCUUUACCAGAGCCGGAAGAUGUAUGGCAAUGUCCUCAAGACAUGGCGAAGGAUCAUCGAUGGCGAGCUGGACGUCGGAGGAGAGGUCACCGCCCAUAGCAUUGAAAAGAAGAUGCGUGAAUACUUGAUCAAGAUCAAGGACGCCCAACUAGUCGAAGACUAUGGCUCCUGGCUUGCGGCCCGGAAUCCCAGUCUGGGUAUUCAGGUGUUUGCGGACAAUGCUAGCCGGGUGAAGUUUGACCCCGCAGACGUCGUUUCUUUGCUCAAAGAGCGUGCCCUUACGGCCGUCCAAGUUUAUCUGGAGCACCUGGUCUUCGCUAAACAUUAUACGCAAUAUGCGGAUGACUUGAUCUCCUACUAUUUGGACGAAGUCAUCUCGGUGCUCGAAACCUCACCAGAGGCACGGGCAUCCCUCUCAGAGUCAUACUCCACGUACCGGGCUCUUCGACCCCCCAAACCAACGUACCUGAACUUCAUUGUCGAGAAUAAACCCGAAGAGGCUUGGUGGCAAUCUCUGGAACCUCGGGCACCCAGUUCUCGUCUGAUUCUCUCUCCCGCAGGAAUCACAUAUUCCAUACCUAAGGUGCUGAAGCGAAUCGAGCCCUUUCAAGACGACCUCGUCUCAGAGAGCAUCAUUCUAGACGGGUUGCAAGGUCGUCAUCGCGCUGCACUGCGACUCCUGACACACGGCCUGGGGGACUAUGACUCCGCGAUCCGGUACUGUCUAUUCGGUGGUCCACGCAGCCCAACCUCCUCAACCAAAGCCGAGCCUGAGCUCGCGGACUAUGCGUUGCAGUCUGAACUCUUCCGCGAUCUUCUAGAUGAGUUUCUUCACAUCAAGGAUCUGUCUGAGCGCAUAGAGCGAACAAGUGACCUCCUCGCGCGUUUUGCGGCGUGGUUCGACGUCACUGAAGUCUUGGAGCUCGUGCCGGAAGAUUGGUCAGUUGACAUCCUGGGCGGCUUCUUCGUGCAUGUCUUCCGUACUCUUGUUUCGCAAACUCGCGAAGCGCGUAUCGAACGAGCUUUGAGCGCGGGGUUGAAUCUUCGUAUUGGUGUCGAUUAUACUGAUAGUAUGGAGAAAGCCGGGCCUUGGCUCGAGAAUGGAGAUGGUGUGAAACGUUUGAAGGGCGGUGGCCCUCGGGACCUGCAGCACCCGCCGCCAGCCGUGGAUGGCGAUAAUGUGGAAGACGAUGGCGAGUUUGGGGAAGUUGUUUCUCCAUCGCCUUGA